AUGACAACUGUGGUAACCAUGACAGCAGUGGUUACCAUGGCAACAUCGGUUACCAUGGUACUUGGUGGUGACCAUGGAAACGGCGGUUACCUUGACAACAGUGGUAACCAUGGCAACGGUGGUAACCAUGGAAACGGUGGUUACCAUGGCAACGGCGGUUACCAUGGCAACGGUGGUUACCAUGAAAAUGGUGGUUACCAUGGCAACGGUGGUUACCAUGGAAACUGUGGUAACCGUGGCAACAGUGGUAACCAUGGCAAAGGUGGUAACCAUGGCAACGGUGGUAACCAUGGCAACGACGGUAACCAUGACAACGGUGGUAACCAUAGGCGACGACGGUAA